AUGUCGUUUAACCAGAAGUUCAAUAGAGGUCAGGGUAGUGGUCCUUUAAAGAUUCCGUCGUUUGUGCCAAAGUCUGCUCCGCAAGCGGCAGUGAGUACCGACAAUGCCGAGGCCGCAUACUCUUUAAGCAGUGCUAAUGAGAGAGCCCAACUGUCUCCACCAAAAGAAGACUUUAAUACCGCCAAACCAGCUCAAGAAGAUAUAUCAGAAUCACCUACAAGAUCCUCUGUUCCCACACUAAGAUCACUACUGGGGGAGAGCGAAUCCGACGAUAGGACGUUUGCGGCGCUAUUUGAGACAAAGGAAGCACCUGUUGAAAUAUCAGCAACGGCUUAUGAUAACGAACCAUUGCUUGACGAAGAUGAUGUAAGUAGCGAAGACGAAAGUUCAGCUGUUCCAGAGUCCAGUGAGAUGAAUGCUCGCGGUUCCGGCCAAUCAUACGAGGAGCCACUCGAUGAGAAGAGAGGGGUGUUAAUGAGCACUGAAGGUACUUCUGUUUCAAUCACAACGGAGAAUGCAGAGAAUAACGAGUUGGAUGGAGAGUCCAAUGUGCAAGUCAAUGAGGAGAUUAAGGGGGUUAUUGAUACUCCAAAAGACAAGCCUGUUCCCGCUCUGACGGCUCAGACUUCCCAGGUUCAGGCUCAUACCCAGGCGCAGUCACAGGCUCAGACCGGUAAACCACCUCCUUUCGACUUCCAAAAGUUCCUUAAGCAAUUCAAAACGAAAGAGUGCGAGCCCCUACACAAAUAUCUCAAGUCUUUUCUAUACCAAUUUGGCCAGAAGAACUGGACCGUGGAAGACCAGGCCAAGCUCAUCAGAGACUUUCAGCAUUUUAUCUUUGACAAAUUGCUUACAUAUCCUCCGUUUUCUGAGAUGACGAGCCAGGAGGAACUGGAUAAUUGCAAGGAAGGAUUGGAGAAGCUGGUGACUUCUAGACUGUACAAUUUGGUAUUCCCACCUGCAGUACCUAUCCGCAAACUCACGGAUUCGCAUCGUGAAGAGCUCACAAAGGACAGAGUGGUUGCACAGAACAUGAGACUAUAUGGCUGGAUAGAGCCAAGGCACUUAGACAUUCCCAUCCAGCUUUCGGCUGAGUCUUCGUUCUUCAAAUUGGCAUCCACGGAACUCAUAAAGAUCAACAAUUACAGAUCACCCAGGGAUAAGACCAUCUGCAUCCUUAACUGUUGUAAGGUGAUUUUCGGACUUAUCAGACAACAGCAAAAACAGCACCAUAUUGAGGAGAAUGCCGAUUCGUUCGUUCCCCUUCUGAUCUACGUGAUUCUGCAGUCGAUGCCCAGUCACCUUCCUUCAAACCUGUCGUAUAUCGAGAGAUUUCGCAAUGAAGAGUUUCUCGUUGGUGAGACCAGCUAUUACGUCAGUUCUCUGCAAGUUGCCUGCAAUUUCAUAGCCACCGUGAACAAGAGUCUGUUAACCAUCGAGGAUUCAGAGUUCGAUCCAAAGUUUGCCCAGGCCAAACUGGAUCUGGAGAAGGAGAAGAAGGAACGCAGAGAAGCCAGAAGGAAACAGCAUGAGAAGACUGUUUCGCCAAUUCCAAAGAAAAUUGCAGAUUUGCUUGGAACGAGCACAGUUGCAGGCUCCAGUGGUGGAGAAGCUCCUUCCCAAGUGUUGAAAAACUCGGCUGAGAUGCUUCAGCAAUCACUUUCGAACCUGUUCUCAGCGUCACCUUCUCCGGAACCGUCGUCUCCUGCUGAACAGGACUUGAUGAACGUGAAACAGCUGUCUAUUGACGAGAACAGGGAGGCAGAGCGCCGCAGGGCAGAGCUCUCAGGUAACGUGGAGCUUCUACAGCAGAUGUUCCCUGGACUGGAUAAGGAGAUUAUAGAGGACAUUAUACAAGCCAAACAGGGAAAUAUUGGCGAGGCUGUUGAUACGUGCUUGGAGUUGAUGUGA